AUGUCGACUUUUACAAACCUAGUUCGCUUCCUGGCCAAGGAUGGUCAGAUCUACUAUGGCGAUGCCAUUCUCCCAUCGGGAGAGACCAACAUUGCCAAAGCGACCAAAGCUCGGGUCAUCCAGGGUGAGAUCUUCGGACAGCACCGGGUCACCGAGCAGGUGGCAGAGGUGAAGCUGUUCCUCGCGCCACUGUCUCGCAAAGAUAUUGGAACCGUUCGCUGCUUGGGCUUGAACUAUGAGCAACAUGCCAAGGAGUCAAACCUGCCUAUCCCCAAGUACCCAGUGUUGUUUUACAAGCCUGUCACUUCAAUCUCUGGUCCUACGGAUGACAUACCUGUUCCCCAGAUUGCUCAAGAAGGAGAGGGCCUGGAUUAUGAAUGUGAACUGGUGAUCGUCAUCGGCAAAGAGGCUAAUGAAGUUCCUGAGCACAAGGCUCUGGAGUAUGUUCUGGGCUAUGCCGUCGGCAACGACGUUUCCCACCGCGAUUGGCAGAUCAAGCGGGGCGGAGGCCAAUGGGGACUGGGUAAGGGCUUUGACGGAUGGGCGCCAUUUGGCCCUGGAAUUGUUUCUUCCAGUGUGAUCAAGGACCCCAAUGCUCUGCACAUCUCGACCAAGUUGAACGGAAAGACGGUCCAAUCUUCUUCCACCAAGGAUAUGAUCUUCCAUGUGGCCAAGACGGUAUCAUUCCUGUCCCAGGGCACAACACUCCAGCCGGGAGAUCUGAUCUUUACCGGAACACCCCAAGGCGUGGGCAUGGGCCGCAAGCCAGCUUUGUGGCUGAAGGAUGGCGAUGAAGUCGAAGUAUCGCUUGAGGGUGUAGGAUCAUGCAUCAACCGGGUGGUGUUUGACAAGCCCAGCUCUAAGCUUUGA